AUGAGGAGACUCAGGUGGACCAUGGACGGUGGGGGUUUCUGGGAGAUGGACUUGGAGACUCCCGUGACCAUGGAGGGUACUGCUCGCCCCAUGGCGGGGCGGCAGAUAUGUGCAGAGGGAGAGGGAGGCGGCGGUGGCAGCCCGGCCCUCCUCUUCCCCCUGGGGCUGUCGAGGGGAUCCAGGCUCUCCCGAGCGAAGCAGCUCGACUUCAUGCACCGCUUCAUGGCGUCCCCGCUCGUUGCCUCCUUCUCCGGCCCCCGGAACGGUGGCCCUGGCCUCGUGGUUCACCACGCCGACAUUUUCCACCUCCGCGAGAACUGGUGACAACCCGCAUUCCAGAGUUCCAAUGGCUUCCUUCCCAAUGUGAUAAAUUUAUGAUAUGAAACUCCGGCUUCGGCCAUCAUUUGAUACUAAUUGGGUAUCUCCGGGGAUGGAAUAUGAAUCUGAGCAGGUCAGCGACGAUAAUGGAGCAAUUUCACCUGCAGAAGUUCGUCACCCGGGUGAAACAGCAGGCGUCAGAGAAGGUUGACUCCCCCGGUGGUAGCAGCAGGGCCCUCUCUUGGAUCAGGAACCUAGGGACGUCGGCGUUGGAUGUUUACCACCUUGGCUUUGGGACGGAAAUCUCGGUCACUCCCGAGUCCUCUGUGCUCGUCGAGGCGUACGGCGACAGCAAGGACGGAAAGGGACAUAGGAACAAGGCCGUCUUCACGCAGAAGGCAAUGCCUAAAUUUUGCUCAAAUAGAACUUAUCUUUGGAACGUACCUGCGAAUCCUCAGUUUCCUACACUAAAUCUUAUUGGUGUGGCCUCCACCGAGUGUUAGUGAGGAUUACCGCUUGGAUUGAUCUGGUCUGUGACUCGGGUAGGAAUUUGCUCAGAAGCAAAGGUUGGACUCAGUUGCAGCGGAUGUUACGUUAUCUGUGUUUUGAAUGAAGAAACAAUGUUAAAGAGAUGAAGCAAGCCUGUUGUUCCUCCCUGGCUCUUGCCGAGAACAAUCGUUCUGCAUCCAUUAUCAAAAAAACAAUCCUAGUUUUCAAUGAAAUAGGCCUAUGUUUUACAGUGGAUCUGCCACAGAACACCAUCACAACAGUUGCAACAACUAGGAUCUGCCACAGAACUGAAAGCUUACACAUUUGCUGGUGUUCUAAGGGUUCUCAAUUUCAUGAUCGAGUUUUUUUCUUAGCAUGACCCUCCUCUGGUUGCCACUUAAAAACUUUAAUAUUUUCUUCCUGAUUAAUGUUUAUUUAUUAAAUCCAUCAAAUAUGUGGUGGGCUGCCUUUAUGCAAGGAUUAUCUCUGAUUUUUUUUUCUUUCCUAUGGUUGCAGUUCCCUCGACACGAUUUAGUGUUGGAAGCUGCCUCUCCUCGGCUUUUUGUUUCUGGGGAGGGGACUUAUUGGGAUGUGCCACUAUCAAUGGCUGUUGAUUUCUCUUCAACGUCAUCAGGGUCACGUCCAAGUUACCAUCUCUGCUUGCAGCAUAAUAGUGGGCAGCCCAGGAGCUUUUCUGAUGGUAAAUCUGGUGAGGUGCCUCCAGCUCUUCUGCCUGGAUUUUGUGCUAAGGCUGCAGUCUCCAUGAAGAAGAAUGCAGACAUAUGGAGGAAGAAAGGUGGCAAAACAAAAAUGCUCCAGCCGUAUGAUAUGUUCCUUUGUGAUCCUCAUAUUUCAGCUUCAGUAUCUAUUGGUAAGGCAUUUAUGUGAUUCAUGAUACAGUAUUUGAUGAAGUUGCGGUUGGAAGAAUUACACUACUUUUUCUAUGUUUAGACAAAUAUUUAAGGAUUUGGUCACACAUUUCGCCUUUGAUUUUCUCAAAAAUAUCCAACUCAAACCAACCUGGCGAAAGCUAUAAUCAGAUUCUGUCUUUUCAUCCCCUUUUGCUUCUCUGUAAGAUUUUUAUUAACCGAAAAGUUUGCCCAAUUUCAGCUUUUUUGGUUUUAAUCAUCCAUAGGUAUGCAGUAGCUAGCUUAUUAAGUGACCACAAAAAGAAAAAAACUUGGGAGAUGGAGUCAAUUUUAUAAGGAUAUUGCCUGCUUUGUUUUGAGAAGGGAGUUUGACUUUCAAAGUCAAAAUAUCGCUUUGUUAGUACCCGAUUAAUACGCAAAUUCUACUACUUUCUCAAAUAUUUCAUUGAAAGAAUAUACAGCGAUAUCCUUCUAUGUACCCUUAACAGUCUUAGGACCAAUGCACAGCUUUUCCUUGAAUCAACAAAAAAAAUGAUCAAUAAAUUCUUUUACCACGAUGAAACAAAUCAAGAAGGGAUUGAUCAAACAAAUCAAAAUACAAUUCACUUUAUUUCGACGAUGCAAAAGUUGUAUUAGUUAAUUAUUACGUUAUAAUGAAAACUUUCGAAAUAAAGUUUUAGUAACUUCUAUUGAUUUUUUGAUUUUAUGUUCCUUUCUUCUUCUUCGGUUCGGGUUGAAAAUAGAAGAGUUAUAUAUAACUACUAUAAAACACUACUAUAAAAAGAGUUAUAAUAAGCAAGCAUGAAACGUAUGCUUGCCUAUUCGUCCAUCGGUCAAAUCGGAUGUAGUUAAUCAAGAUUGGCGAGUUGAAUUAAGACUUUUGUACUCUUAUUUGUGAGGAUAACUAUUAUUUUUAACUUCCUGGGUAGAGUUGAGCUAUCUAUAGUGGUUGACUGGUUUGUAAUGUGAAUUUUCAUUUAAAUAAAAUAUUUCGUGGCACAGGAUGAUUAUGCAAAAGAGAUUGGCAAUCUCUGGUCAACUCAAGAGAUUUAUAACAUCUUGGUCAACCCCAGAGCUGCUUCACCCUCCAAAAGUCCUAGUCAAGCCUUCUUACUGAGUUAAGCCUCAUCAACAUCACCAUUGUUUCAAUACAAAAUGAAAUAAUAGAGCAGGUUGCAAAUCAGUCAAGUAAAAUUGGAGAAGAGAUGAAGUGCGGAGAGAGCUUCACUGGAUCUUUAGGACAGUAUGAGAGGAAAACAAGAAAAGAUUUUGAGCUUCACCUUGCUCUCCGAAAGAAACUUGAUGCCUGAAAGCAAUGAUCAGCCCGAGUCCAUUUUUGGUCCUGUCUUCCAUCAUACAAUAGUGUUUUUCUUUCUAGCUCUUGGAUUCAGGUAGCAUUGACUUGUUGCGUUUUGAGUUUCACUGAGUCGAGUGUUUGCAUUUACAAUUCACGUGUCAACAACUGCUUCAUAGCAAGUACACGUUUCCUGACAACAUGAUUGAUCAUAUAAUUUUCCAAAAUCAGUUCUUAGCUAAUGGUUGUCACUACACUUGCCCCGAGCAUUGUUCUGACCUCAUGGGCUAACAAUAUGCUCAACCGUAAAUUUUCUGAAGCACUUGUGUUGACUACUACAUUUAUGUGUCGAAAUUUUUUAUGAGAAGCUGCCGGUGAGCAAUAACAGUAUCUAAAAUGAGGAGAAAGAUUGUGGGCACUGCGAGAGAUAAAAUUGAUGAAAUAGGAAUGUUUUAUUGUCAAAUAUUUCCAUCGUGCAGUUAAUGUCAAUGCGCGGCUGGAGGCUUGACACUUUCGUUGUUUUCAUCAUAACUUUUCUAAUUAUAUGGCUGACAACCACGCCAUAUUUUUAGAGAAUCAUAUUUGCUAAUGCUAUCAUUCCCACUCAAAAAAAAAAAUGUUUAUUUAGAAAUGGUACAGAUGCAUGAUCUGUGAGGAUAUUUGCUGCAUAAUGUUGAACACGGAUAAAUGUAUUAGGAGGCAACAAGUUUUCCUGUUUUCUGUAAUUUAAUUGCUAUUUUAAUUUCUUGUCUUCAGCAUAAAAUUUCAGAUUUUUUAUUCAAGCAAAUAAGGAUUUUUUAUUGUUAGAGCUCUCUAAUAGUUAACUUGGAUUAAAUGGACGCAUCCUAUGAGUGGGUUAAACAUCUAAUGUCGUACGAGUGUUUGAAUGCAAUUGUAUCCUCCCUUUGUGUUUUAGGCUCUGUUGUCUGUGCACUUAUGGGUGACAACUCCGUGAGGAUCUCCCGGGAAGAUGAAUCUCGACAUUUCAAGCCCUUCAGCCUAAAUUUUCCAAAAAGAAGAUCAUCUUUACUUGCAGACUCUUUCGCAUCAAUCUCAUGUACGGCGCAACUCGGGCAUUUUCAGAAAUUGUUUUUUGAUAUGACUAGAUUCCAUGCCCGCCUGGACUGCCUUUCGGUCUCCACCUUCCUGAAUGGCUCUUCUCAUCUGAUUAAAGAUUGGUACAAAUCUCAGAAAUACGACCCUAAUGCAGUCCAUGCCAUAUGCCCGGAUGUAACUCUCUCCUUUCAGCAGCAGGUGAAUGUUCUCAAUCGUUCAGAAAUUUCUCUAGUCAUUUAUUUCUUCUUUUUCAAGAAGUGGUCAUAACUUUUGUCCAUUGCAGAUUGUUGGGCCCAUCAGCUUCCGAGCUGAAUCCAGAUUUGGGAUUGACUUGAAUAGCCAAGGGCGAUUUGCCCACACUGGGGAGCACAUCUUUGCCUUGGAGUAUGCCAUGCAGGUCCUUGGCUCGGCCAGGGCCACAGCUUGGUACUCCCCAAAGCGCCAGGAGGCCAUGGUGGAGCUGAGGUUCUUUGAAAGCUGA